UGUUAACGUUUAUCUCAUAAUCUUGCAUUUUUUUCCACUGCUGACAGGUGUGCCCUAACCCCACUUGUAACUUUUCUAACUUGUAUUUUUGUGGCUUAAACAACAACAAAAUGCUGUUUUUUCGAAAAAACUUUAUGAGAUGGAAUUAAAAGUGGUCCCUUUACAUCUCAAUAAGAAAUAUUUAUCUGAGUGUUGUAAACUUAUAAACGAUGAAUGGAAACGUAGCGACACUGCCCGCUUGCGGAGCUUGGAGUCGUCAUCUGAUUCACUACCCACCAGUUUGAUUUUGUUAAGAAAUGAUGAAAUUAUUGGGCAUUUGAAACUGUCUCCAAUCCCCAGCAUUAGAGACGGCUGCUUUGUCGAAUCUGUUGUGAUAGAGAAAGGACUGAGAGGCAAGGGAUUUGGGAGAUUAUUGAUGGAGAAGGCUGAAGAAUACUGCAAGAAUUUUUUACAACUAAAAACAAUUUAUUUGUCAACUAAAGGGCAAGAAGGUUUUUACAAUAAGUUGGGUUACAUGGAAUGUCAACCUAUUUCUAUAUACGGUAACUGCAUGCCCCUAACUAGCACCAUUAAUUGUAAAAAUGAAAAUAAAACCAAGGAGGAUUUCCAAGGGGCACCAAAACCGCCCCCUCUGCCCGCCAACAGUUUUAAUCAAAAUGUGAAGACUUACAUGAGGAAAGAUUUAUGAUUCAGUACAAAAGUUGGCACACUGAAAACUAAUUUUAUGACUCAACUGCCAUAUGAAAAAGUGCAAAUAGAUUAUUUUUGAUAAAUUAUUUGAGUUGUAAAUUCGUUUUAAACUUGAUUGUGUCAAUAAACACUUGAAUUACGUUA